UUAAACGCGAUGCGGUUUAACAAGCAAGAACUGCUAACUCUGGCCACGCAACCUUCGCAGAAAUUCGAGAAAGAGGGUAUAUUGUAUGUACGCGAGCGUCAAGAAGGCUUCUUUCGCAGAACCGAGAGUACAGGUAAAAAAUCUGACAGCAAAUAUCAAAAAGGAAAAACACAUAAGACACUACGAGACUUCAGUUGCGUUACCGCCAGUACAAGUAAAGUAAGUUUGGAGAGAUGGUGCAGGUUACGGGGAAACCUGUUGUUUUAUUUCAAGUCGCGAGAGCAAUGGUCGGAGCCUCUGGGCGUGAUAAUACUAGAACAAUGCUUCGUUCGCAUGGAGCAACCGAGCAAUCAGAUCCCGUAUGGAUUCAGUAUAGUCUUCGACGGAGGUUUGUUCCAAGCGUUGGGUGCAAACUCGGCCGAGGAGAGAGACAGUUGGUUGCAGGCUCUUCAGCUUGCCAGCUACGAGUGCAUGCGAAGUCAGUUACUGGCGCUGCAGCAACGCAUAGAGGCGUUCAGCGGGCACAAACACGACACCGACAUCCAAAUGCUACGACUGCAACGUGGAAUUUCGGCAGAUCCUGCUGAAAUACCGAUAUGCGAGAUAUCGUUGGCGUGCGACAAUCUCCUCUGCGACGGUCACGGCCGGCCACCUAACCCGGUUCUAGAAGUAGAUGUGCAGGUGAGAUGUUCGAAAACCUGGAUUAAAUACGCGCGAACGGAGGUGGUGGAGGUAAGUUUUCAGACAACCUAGGUCAAUGAUGGCGAACCUA